GGUGCUCUACUUGAAUGCCUUUGCAUGGAAAUAGAGCAGCUGCAGAAGUAAAACAACCAGUAAAAACCGGUGAUUGACUUCUAGCAUACUUUCUUCAGUAUUACAGAGGCCUUGUGUCAUUCUACAAGGGGAACUGCAGCACUUACUUGACAAGAACAAUGCACUUUCUGUUAGCAUAAUUACUGUGGCUAGCCUGGAUUGACGUCUCCAUUUGAGACAAGACUCCUAACCAAGCCCCAAAGUUUUAUGAGAAUACCGUCAGAUACCUACUCCAGCUUGCAAAAGAAGGGGGAGGGGGGAGGGUCUUAUUUCCCACUUGCAGUGGGCUUUCCAGCUACCUUUUCAACAGAGCUAAACUGAGAGCUUCUAAGAUAGAAGAAAUUUGGACUUACUCAUUUGGGAGCAAAAUAUGGAAUGUACUUUAUUUUUAACAAAACACACCCAACGGACCUUUAUUAAUAGUAUUUGGAAAACCCUCAGUUAGCAUUUAGUUCAUACUCUUUUAUCAAUAAUUGGUCAUAGCAAUUUCAAGAAAAAGCUCUGUUCAGCAGGGUUUUCUACUGUCAGUCCCAGUUCAACCAAAAAAAUUUUUUUUAUUUUUUUUUUCUUUAGCAUUUUUUGCCUUUAUUUUUUGUUGGAAUUACAACCAUCAACAUGGUCCUAGACGAGUAUUUGUGGAUGGUCAUUAUUGGCUUCAUUAUAGCUUUCGUCUUGGCAUUUUCAGUAGGAGCGAAUGAUGUUGCCAACUCCUUUGGCACUGCGGUGGGGUCAGGUGUGGUGACGUUACGACAAGCCUGUAUCUUGGCUUCCAUUUUUGAAACAGCUGGCUCUGUAUUACUCGGCGCAAAGGUUGGGGAAACUAUCCGAAAAGGAAUUAUCGACGUUAAUCUCUACAAUAACACAGUGGGUUUACUGAUGGCUGGAGAAGUUAGCGCAAUGGUUGGGUCCGCUGUUUGGCAGCUGAUUGCAUCUUUCUUAAAGCUUCCCAUUUCUGGCACCCAUUGCAUAGUCGGCUCAACAAUUGGAUUCUCUCUUGUCGCAAUUGGUACACAUGGUGUGCAGUGGAUGCAGCUUGUCAAGAUUGUUGCCUCUUGGUUUAUUUCCCCAUUGCUGUCUGGUCUGAUGUCUGGUCUGCUGUUUAUGCUGAUUAAGUAUUUCAUCCUGAAUAAGGAAGAUCCAGUGCCCAGUGGGUUACGGGCACUUCCGAUAUUUUAUGCUGCUACAAUAGGAAUUAAUUUGUUUUCAAUAUUAUAUACUGGAGCACCUUUGCUAGGUCUUCAGACAUUUCCAAUUUGGGCCACUGCUCUUCUGUCAGUAGGGGUUGCCAUUUUGUUUGCACUGAUAGUCUGGUUUUUUGUCUGUCCAUGGAUGAGAAGGAAAAUAGCAAGUCGGUUAAAGAAAGAGGGCGUAUUGUCACGCAUAUCUGAGGAAAGCCUUGAUAAAAUCCAAGAUGAAGACACUCCUGUCUUUAAAGAACUGCCUGGGGCAAAGGGAAACGAUGAAAGUGUUGUACCUCUCACUAGCUCUACCACUGAAGCUGCUGUUGGUUCUGAUCCGGUUGCAAAUGGAAGCAGUAGAAUACCUUACGGGAGAGCUGCUUCUAUGACAAAUGGCUCUAUAAGAUCUCCAAUUUCAAACGGUACGUUUAAUUUCGAUGGCCACAAUGUGAAAAGCGAUGCUCAUGUGUAUCACACCGUGCACAAGGAUUCUGGACUGUACAAGGAUUUGCUACACAAAAUUCAUUUCGACAAGGUGUCUGAUGACCGCCCCGCUCACGAAAAUAACUACAGGGUAUUGCGACGCAACAACAGCUACACUUGCUAUACAGCUGCUAUUUGUGGCAUGCCAGUGCACUCUACCUUCAAGGCUUUAGAUGCUGCGACAACAGAGGACAGCGAAAAGCUGGUUGGAGACACGGUUUCCUUCUCUAAAAAACGCAUACGGUAUGACAGCUACUCCAGCUACUGCAAUGCAGUCGCCGAAGCAGAGAUUGAAGCUGAAGAAGGUGGUGUUGAGAUGAAGCUUGCCACAGAGUUGGCUGACCAGAUUCCACCUCCAGAUGAGUCAUUGGAAGAGGACAAAGAGGAGAAAGACAAUUCACAAGUCUAUCUCCUUUUCCACUUUCUGCAGAUUUUAACGGCCUGCUUCGGAUCAUUUGCUCAUGGCGGGAAUGAUGUUAGCAAUGCAAUUGGGCCGUUGGUUGCCCUGUGGUUGAUUUAUCAACAAGGUGGAGUAAUGCAAGAAGCCGCAACCCCAGUGUGGUUAUUGUUGUAUGGUGGUGUUGGCAUUUGUGCUGGUCUAUGGGUGUGGGGUCGGCGUGUAAUCCAGACGAUGGGCAAAGACCUCACCCCAAUUACACCUUCUAGUGGAUUCACUAUUGAGUUGGCUUCAGCGUUCACAGUUGUGGUAGCUUCCAAUAUUGGACUCCCUAUCAGUACCACACACUGCAAGGUUGGUUCCGUUGUGUCAGUGGGCUGGAUACGCUCACGGAAAGCUGUCGAUUGGCGUUUGUUCCGCAACAUCUUUCUGGCCUGGUUUGUAACCGUCCCAGUGGCUGGAUUAUUCAGUGCAGCAGUUAUGGCACUCUUUCAAUACGGUAUUCUCCCAUAUGUUUGACUUUACAACUCCUUACUACCAAAGCGAAAAGCCUUUUUUUCAUUCUUUAUGCAUAUCGGAAAUCGCCCUAAGCUACAGCAAUAUUUCAGGCUGCCUGCUUCACUACCCAACUGGGAAGAAAAAAAAAAAAGUCCUAUGUAACAAAGCAUCAUUUUCUUGAUGUAUCUAUUCUAUCUGCUGUAUAUAAUGUAUGUCAAAUUGGUGACCUGGUGAGAAGUGGCUCAUUAGUUAUAUUUAAAUAAAAUAUAUAUUCAUAGAGUAGGUAACACUACCAGAGUAUUAUAAUUUGGGAUGGAAUUAAUUACAUAGACUUUUAUAACUAGAUAAAAGUUGUACAUAAUGUAUUUUUUGUGAGUUGUUUUGUUUUUUUUAAAUCAUAAAUAAGUGUGGAUUAAAAAACAGCCAUGUCUACAUGGUAUACUUUAUACUGGUAUACUAAGCGAGGGUACUGAAGGCAUAUUUCAUAAUAUUUUAUAAAAAAAAAAAUGUGUAGGUCUGUGGCAGUCUAAGUGCUACUAAAUAUAAUACUGAAACAACAAAUAAAAAAUGUGCAAAAUGACUUUUAUGAAAAUGCUCACUUCCUUUAACUAGAUUUUGUGUACCAUAUGGUAAUUUCUAAAUGUAAAUAUGUAUAAGCAUAUUUUUAUUGGUUUGUUUCCCUUUAACACUAUGGAUGAGUAAGAACAGGAAGUACCAAAGAUAGAAUGGGGGUUUUCUUUGUCAAAAUUUCAAUAUCACUCAAACUGUUUGUCAAGGCUUCACUCAUCUGCCACCGGCUAGAUCCUGCUAAAUUAUUCCCAUAAAACAACUUUAAAUAAACAUCGAAAGAUGUAAUAUAGGCCACAAACGAUUUUAUAUGUUUUCCCUUUUUUAAUUGGACCAUAUUGUCUAAAUGUUCUUGUUCUGGUGAUAAUUUGUUGGUCUAAUAUACAUGUUUGCUGAACAUGCAACAUUUUGAGUUUUGCAUAAAAAUUCUGUGUUUCAGUAAAUAACGUGAAUACUGAAUACAAUUUUCCUUUAAAAAAAAAAUCACAUUAUUGAAAUAAACAUUCAAUUAUUGCUUCUGAUAAAUUUCAGUGUAAGUUUGAGAAAUGGCAUUUUUAAAUUGAUUUCUGCAUUUUGUAUUAAAAUAUUUAAUUGCAUAAACACAAAUGUUACAGCAGUUAAAAAAAAAAAAAAAAAAAAAACAGCAACAUUUAUUCUGUCAAAUAUUCAUAAGGUAAAUCUAUUGUGAGGGUGAACAUGACAUUUUCUUAUUGCAGAACAUUUCAUGAUCUGGAAAACAUACUUUUUAGAAUAAUCUGUAAAUGUAAUAGCCAAAUGUGAAAUGAUGAUGUUUAUGUAUUUAUACAAUCAGUAGGUAAACAUUUUCAUAUGCUCAAACCAAGGAGUUGAUGAGCAUUAUCUUAAAAUACUUAUCUAAUAAUUUUCUAGAGAAAAUCACCAUUAAAGUCUAUAGAGAUUUUUGUAGGUAACUAUUAGAUAUGUUAUUUUCUAAAGGAUUAUGAUCAAUGCAAGUAAGAUAUGCUGAAAAGUUACAAAAGAUCUUGUGUCAGGAAUUCAUACAGAAUUUUGGCAUUUAAGACUCGUGUUUUUAUCCUUCAGUUUAUAUUCUAAAUCAAUUAUAUUUGUCAAUAACCAGGCCAUAGAGUUAAGCCUUAUAUUUAUGUGCACCUUAUGUGCUGUAAACCUUAUGUGUGUUUAUUCUUUAAAAGCAUUAAAUUAGUCCCUUCCCGAUGUUAGGACGUUCUGUGCCACCCUAACUGCACUGGGCUUUAGCGCCGUUAGGACGGCAUGGAACGUUCUAACCGUUUGGAUGUACUGAAGCCAUAUGGGCUCCAUAAGUGGUAUCGCGGCUUUUAUGGCGUACCUAGCGUUGUAGACAAAUUAGGUCCAUCAUGAAAGGGUUAAAAAAAAUUGAUCUUGUAUCAAAUUUUGUCUGAUUGUACAUGAUCUUAUAAUGUCAUCUACUUUUGUACCAUUGAUGCACAUAAACCAAAUAACCCUUCUAUGAAAACAUAAUAUUUGAUAUAAAAUGGUACUUUAUUUAAUCACUGGAAAGCUGGAGCAAUAACAUUUUAUUAUUAUUUAUUUGAGGGAAUACAUGUUGUAUAGAUAUAUAAAAGUUAAUAUUGUUGUGAAGUAAAACACAUUUGUUAUAUUGUGGUAGAUCAACCAGGCCAACAUAAUACUUUGAUGGAUUUUUUAUGAAGUCUCCAGUUCAUAUCUGUGCGCGUCUUGAGCACAAAGCACGAAAUAGCAAUGUUUAUUUUAAUAAAAUCUGUGAAUUUUCAUCCCAUACUAUAUUAUGGUUCACAGAAUGUUACCUAAUAUUUCAAUGAAUGUACUGUAGUUAGGUCAUAUUAAAAUCUUGAGGAACCUCAUGAACUCACGGUUCAUUUAUAUUCUCAAAAAUAAGUAUUUUUACAUAUCACUUUGUAAAUGGGAGAAAUGAAGCCGUUUGAUAUUACACAAUUUUACCCAAAUCUUCACCCACAAAUCAGGAAUAUAAAUGAAAGAAAAGUGAUACCAACAUUUGGCUUGUUGAAAAGCAAUAAGAUUCGACUUUUAUUUUUAUGAGAGAAAAAAAAAUAUUUUUUAAGAAUUGGAAGGUAAAACCUAUUUUGACAAGUUGAGAAAAAUAGCAUAGGCUGAUGUAAUCCAUAAAAAGGUCUAAUACUUCUCCUUUACGAAAGCUGUAGAUGGCCAAAGACAUUAGAAGAAAUCAAAGCAUACAGAGAAGGUCUCCAUUGAAUUUAAAUCAUAGGUGGCAGAUAAGUGAAUGUAAUAUUUACAAUGUAGUACUGAUUUAAUAUACAUGUAAUGUUUUGUAUUCAACCUGGAGUGAGGAAAUCAAUGAAUACUAACUGCCAUCUUGUUUUAAUUUUGGGCUGUCUUCCAUUUUGAGAUUGUGCUGACCUGAUGUUAAUGCUGAAAUGCUGCUAAUUUUUCAUUAUAAACCUUCCCUUACUACA